UCGACCUCGCGCAAUAAGAAUCAUGCGGAGCUGAUUUUCCCGCAAAAUAUUGUUUAUAUAACCAUCGUUUCAUUGCUCUUGUUGGUACAUAUAUCAGGAAAAACCAUGGAAAGAUCUCUGAGGCAGAGUUCUAGGAGGAUUGCAGUACCAGAAUAUGAUGAGAAUGCAGACUUUCAUCCCCCAAAGAAGAAAACAAGGUCCAGGGUAGAAAACACAAACACUGCAGUUGUCAUGAGUCGGACACCAAGGCAUACAAAGGCCGGUACUCAAUCUGUGAAAAAGCCGCUUAGUAACAUGGCUGGUGAAACCAAUGUUAAAGAAGGGAAAGCUGGGUUAAAAAAGGGUAAUAGCAAAAACAUUUUAGGGCAUGUUCAAGAAGACAGAAAAAGCCCAUCAGAGAUCGUUAGUGGGAGGACAAAAUUUACGACAUCUACAUGCAGUUUUGCAGAUUCCAGUUCAAAAAGUCAAACCAAUGACCCUUUUCUUAAUCAAUUAAAUAAAUUAGGCUUUGGGAAACAAAGUGAAAUAUCCAAAACAUCCAUCAGCUUCAGGAAUUCUAACAGAUUUGACACUGUUCAUAGCCUACAAGACUUUUGCACGAGUUUCAAAAACAGAAUACAGUUACAGAAGUCACUCCAAAGCCCAAUUAUCACCCUUACGAAAGAACUGGGACUGUUCAGAACUGCAAGCCCGUUUGACCGGAGAGUUACAGCCCUUGAGUGGCACCCAACAAGGCAGAACAUUCUGUGUGUGGGGUCCAAGGGUGGAGACAUCUUUCUCUGGGAUACAGAGGGAGUUGGGGAGGAUAAGAUGAUCACAGGGACUGGAGCAAAUGGUUCGUGUCAAGAAGUAAAAUUCUGGCCCUGGGAUUCAGACAAGGUGGUCAGUGCAUCUAUAAACGGGACCGUUAAGCUUCACCAGUUUGACCCUCAACAUGAUAUCGUGCUGGCAGAUACUAUGAACUCUUUUGAUCACUGGUACUGCAGUUUGGAUGUGUGUGCAAGUCGAUACUUGAUAGCUGCAGGCAGAAACAAUGGUAUCCUCCACAUGAUGUCUACGGAGGGGAGAAAGGUAUUUGAGUUUCGUCUUCAUAAGAACAAGAUAACACAUGUAGAGUUUUCUCCACGUGAGGAUUGGCUUCUUUGUACAGCCUCUGUUGAUCGAACUGUGCAACUCUGGGAUGUUCGGAAUAUGGGUGACCGCAAACAUGCUUUGGAAGUUCUUAACCAUAAUGCACCUGUGAAUGCAGCGUACUUCAGUGAGACAGAUGGUUGUCGCUUGUUGACCACUGACCAGGGGAGGGAACUCCGUGUGUACCGAUCCCCAUCAUGGCAUCUGGAGACAAAGAUAGAGCACCCACAUAGGUUCUUUCAGCACAUCACACCUUUCAAGGCAACCUGGCAUCCCCUACAAGAUUUGGUUGUAUGUGGCCGCUAUCCAGACAAGACGUUUCCAGGCUCAGGCAAUGAGUUGAGAACAGUUGAUGUGUUUGAUGCGGGAACCGGAGAUCAGGUUUCCCAGAUAUACAGCCCUGGCACAGAUGGCCUUUGUCCAUUAAACAAGUUCAACAGACAAGGAGAUGCCAUGGCGUCAGGAAUGGGUUUCCAUGUCCUGCUUCGGAACAGAAAACAGUUCAUAGAGCAUAAACAAGCAGUUCUUGUGGACUCAAUCAAAUCUGCCCUUGGACUGCCCACGUCAGGUCAAGGUGAAAGGUCAAAUCAUAGCACAGGAGGUCAAAGGUCAAACCCAAAAACAAAGAAGAAAAAAGGUGGUGACAAGAAUGUUGAUGAUUUAAAAAAGAAAGCAAAAAGAAAUGUAAAGACCAAGGAGAUUCCUGGUGCAGGAAAAAAGUGAAAAAUGUGAUUAGAUAUGAGUCUUCUAUCUCAGGGAUAAAGUGGUUUUUAUUUUGUCACAUAAGGACCCACCAAUGUGUUCAAAUCCAAGUUCACAGUUCAAGUAAAGAAAGGAAUGAUUUCUGUAUUGUGUAAGGUGACAGUUGUGUGAGUGCCUGAGAACGAUAGCUCACCAUGGUAAUAUCCUUGUUAUACAUGAAGCCAAAGCAAUCCUUGAAAUUUCCACAAGCCUGGUGUCUUGCUCUUGUUAAAUAAUGUGUGGACUUGAUCAAACUCAUCGGUUUAUACAGCAACGGUAGUUGAAGAAAGUGUACCUAAAUCCUAAUUUUGAUGACUUUCUAAGAUCAAAACUUAGUGGCUUGUGUUCACUGGACAACCAUUCUUCUGUGAUUCGUUUUGUGAGAAACUUAAUUAUUCAAUUUUGUGACCAAUACUUUUUGAUAGAUAUUACUUUUCACAGUCAGUUAUAAAUAGGACUGCUGGUCAGUUACUUCGCAAGGUUUUUAUAUAAGCGACUUCGUUUAUAUUGCUUUUUGAGUUAUGCUUUAUGUUAACACUUUUGCUAGUGAAAAGAAAUAAAUUUACAAAAUGUACUUGAAUGAUAAUUGGUAUUAAACCAACACUUAAAUUUUGAUAUGUUUUUUGUGUCUCCGCCAUGCUAUGCAGAGAGAGGCAAUUUUUUUAAAGCAGUGAUGUCUAUUUAACUGUCUGUCUGCCACACUCUCGAGUCUGCUCAGUUUAUAUUCAACCCCUCGAAGAAUUUUCAUAAAACUCAAACCAAAAAAAAAGCCAAUUUUCAAGCGGGCUGAGUCAAUGUCACAGUUCAAGGCCAAAGGUUCUUGACAUAAGCAAUGCACUUAAAUCGGCACUUAAAGAAUUGUCACACAAAUUGAAAUAAAGAAAUAAUGUCAUCUUGCUCAAUACUCUUCAAUAUCGUUCAUGUGCAUUCUACAAUCAAUCCUGGAGCAACUGGAAAAUGUUUGUUUCAAACUGCUUACUUAUGUUUGUAUAUAAUGUUGUUAAUAGUGUAUUUUCUGUUCAUCUAGAUCACACCACAUAUUUCAUUAAUUAUACGACUUUGAAUAAUGUUCUUUUUUAUUUCUUAUAUUAAAAACCUGUAUAUAUGAUAAUGAUGAAAAUUCUUUUUCGAAAAUAAAUAAUACAUUACGUUCAUACCAAUUCUUAUUUCACAAAUAAAUCCUAUUUUA